UACAUAAAGAAAUGCAAUAUAGCAAUGUAAGGAUGAGAGUAGGGAGUAGUAUGAAAGUUGGCCUCACAACUCUCAAAUCAAAACAACCCAUAAAUUCACAUAAAGCAAAGUAAUCCCAACUCCCCUUCCUGGCUUACCCCCUCUUUAACUUGCAACCAUCUUUCUGCUUUUCAGCACUUUGCUUCAAAAGUACCCCAUGUCACCUUAACUUACCUUGAUAUAGAUAAACACUCACAACUGUAUUUUCUUUCUUCCUCAUCAACAAUGGCCAAAACUACUAAUCCUAGAAAGCUCACUACUGAAAUCCACAGAACAAAAAGAAGUCAGCAGAAACAAAAGCAGCAGCAGCCGAAGCCGCAGCCGCUACCUUCAUGGGUAGUUAUGAGAAACAUCCUGACUUGCAAACACCUUGAAGUGGAACAACAACAACCACAAGAACAAACAUCACCAACCCAGAAAAACAAACAGCAAAAACAUGCUGCUGCAGUACUGGAAGAAAACAACAGCAAGAAUAAGAACAAGAAAAUGAGAUGUUCUGGUUCACUCUGCAACAACACAAAAGUGAUGCAGAGGCCUGAUUCAGCUUCCCCUGAAAUUCUUCAGAGGAAAAGCAGAGGGGGGACUACUACUACUACUGCUGCUGCUGCUAGUACGAGUACAACCAGUAGCAGCAGCCUUGAAGGGUCAAGUCGGUCAAUUAAAUCUCCUGUUUUGAGUGAGCUUAGCAACAACACUAAUAAUACUAACAAUCCUAACAAUAAUGGGGUUUUACUGAAAUCAUCAUCUUCUAAUAGUAGUAAUUAUAUUAAGGGGAUGCCAUUUAGAAGACUUUCAGGUUGCUAUGAAUGCAGAAUGGUUGUUGAUCCUGUUUUGGCUUUCACCAGAGAUCCUUCUCUUAGAGCUACUAUUUGUUCUUGCCCUCAUUGUGCUGAAGUUUUCAUGAAACCUGAGAAUUUGGAGCUUCAUCAAGCUGUUAGGCAUGCAGUAUCUGAAUUGGGUCCUGAGGAUACAAGUAAGAACAUAGUAGAGAUCAUAUUCCAAUCAAGCUGGUUAAAGAAGCAAACUCCAGUUUGCAAAAUUGAUAGAAUUCUCAAAGUCCACAACACACAAAAGACCAUCAACAAGUUUGAGGAAUAUAGAGACUCUAUUAAGUUUAAGGCUACAAGGCUCCCUAAAAACUAUGGUAGGUGCAUAGCUGAUGGAAAUGAGCUUCUAAGGUUUCAUUGCACAACAUUCAUGUGCUCUCUAGGCUUAAAUGGCUCUUCCAACCUUUGCAAUUCAAUCCCACAAUGCAAUGUUUGUAGCCUGAUAAAAAAUGGAUUUAAGGUAGUCGAUGAGGGGCCUACAGGCAAAGGUAUACUAACCACUGCCACGAGUGGGCGGGCUCAUGAUCGGGCUGAUGUUGGUUUAGAGGAGCAGGAGAGAAGGGCAAUGCUGGUGUGCCGGGUGAUUGCGGGCCGAGUCAAGAAGAGUCCUGAACUCGGCGGGUCAGAGGAGUAUGACUCGGUGGCCGGAGCUACCGGAGUUUAUUCAAAUUUGGAUGAGUUGUAUGUUUUUAACCCCAAGGCUAUUCUUCCUUGUUUUGUUGUUAUCUAUAGGGGGUUUUAGAUGUUUGGGCUGAAAUCUUAAUUUAGUGUAGAUUAUUUCUAUUAUGCUUUGGUUAUUGUAUAACUUGAGCUUUGGGUAGGGCAAACGUUUUAAUGAUAUUUUGUACUAUAUGCAACAUGCAUGGAAAUGGUAGCCCUGUGGUUAGAAAACCCAAGCAAGUCAAUUAAGAUAUCUUUAUAAUAUAGUAAGAUUGUUCUAA